UGUAUGUUAUAUGUUUUUACUAUAUGUAAAUGGAUGAGACUGAAAUAAAAUAAAAUAAAUAAAAAAAAAUAUAAUCGUAUGAAGCGUAAUGUCAUGCUUGACUUGAUUCAGGAUAUGUGUAUGUUUGGGUAAAAGAUGUUCGUGAUCAGGGUUUUUGUUGUUUAUUUAAUACACAUUUAUAAGGCAAACCAUAUUUUGCAGUACGUCCAGUUAUAAUUGUGCUGUUUGUACUUGGAUGUCAGUCCUCAGGGGGAGUUCAUUGUAAAAUGGAAUUGUUAAAGUGUCACUUUUUGUAAAAGUGUUAAAAGGUUAGUGGUUACUAAAUUUAUGUAGGCUUCGAGCAUACAGACAUCCGAUUUAUACAGUUGUAUAGUGUGAUAACACCGCUAUCAGGAUUACGUACUGUAUAUGUUAUAUAUUAAGUGAUAACAACAGAGUGCAUCGGAUGUGAGAAACAAACAUGGAGAUCUCAAUCAGGUUUACAUGUUUCUCAUUGUGUUUACAUGUAUUUUCAAAUGUGUGUUUUAAGUCUAAUGGAAAACCUGUUGGUAUGUUAUACCCGAGAGAUUCAGAAAGUCGAUCUUUGCGACAUCUGGACGGGAUGUGGAAUUUUAUCAUAGAUGAUUCAGCCACAAGAAACGAAAGUUUUGUUAAUCAAUGGUACAGUAAUCGGCUGUCUAAGGUCGGAGAUGUUAUUCCUAUGCCCGUGCCGGCCAGCUACAAUGAUAUCACAACAAGCAAACUUGUACGAGACUUCGUUGGUUGGGCUUGGUACGACAGAUCAUUCUAUCUGGAUAACGCUUGGUCAAAUGAAAGGAUAGUUCUCAGAAUUGACAGUGCCCACUAUAACGCUAUCGUGUGGGUAAAUGGACAAGAAGCAAUGAGCCACGAGGGCGGUCAUCUUCCAUUCGAGGCGGAAGUGACGCAAAUGCUGCAUCUUAAUGGUGAAAAUUACGUCACAGUGGCAAUCAACAACACUCUUUCACCGACCACCCUACCACCGGGCGCUAUUCAGUACAAGACAGACCCAGAAAAGUAUCCUUCGGGCUAUUUUGUUCAGAAUCUCCAGAUGGACUUCUUCAACUAUGCGGGAAUUCAUCGUCACGUGACAUUAUAUACAACACCAAAGACAUAUAUAGAAGACAUUGACAUAAUCACUGAUAUACAAGGAAAUGAUGGUAUAGUCAACUUUGUCAUAUAUUCGGGUGGACAGGCUGAUUUGAUCAAUAUGAAGGUGGAGGUUGUGGACAAAGAGAAUCAUGUUGUAGCUACCAGUAACAAAUACAAGGAUACUGUGAAAAUUGGAGAUGCAAAUUUUUGGUGGCCUUAUACGAUGAAUUAUAGCAGUUCAGGAUACCUAUACACAUUGAAAGUGACAGUUACUGACGUGAGUAGAGGAACAGUGGACGUAUACCGUCAGCCGUUUGGUAUCCGAAUAGUACGUGUCACAAAUACCAGUUUGAUGAUCAACGAACAACCAUUCUACUGCCAAGGAGUUAACAAACACGAGGACUCGGAUAUACGUGGGAAAGGUCUGGACUAUGCUCUAAUAGCUCGUGAUUUUAGUAUGUUAAAAUGGUUGGGUGUAAACUGUUUCCGGACUUCGCAUUAUCCAUACGCUGAAGAGAUAAUGGACCAGGCAGAUCAACAAGGUAUCGUUGUCAUCGACGAGAGUCCAGGCGUUGGAAUUUCAAAAACGAAACGCUUGAGAAGCUGUCGCUACAAAAACGAGAAGAUUGUUUGCAAAGAUCGUGUACAACAUAGGAAGAACAAGGGGAAAAAAUCACAGAAGUUACCACGUUUGAAAUAUGAGGCUACAAAGAUUAAUUCAUUCAACAAGAAAAAGAAAUCGAAGAGUGGGAAAAUUCGUUUAACUGAUAGCGAAGACAAUUUUAGCAAUAAGUCGCUUAAGCACCACAAGGCAGUUAUGACAGAGAUGUAUCAGAGAGACAAGAACCGUCCAUCUGUCAUACUUUGGUCAGUGGCCAACGAGCCAGCUUCUAAUAAGGCAGCAGCCGGACCAUACUUUAAGGAAGUUAUAGAACACGUGCGAUCUCUCGACACGACACGACCAGUGACAUUUGUUUGUAACCAGGACUACAAUACAGAUGUUGCAGUACAGUACGUAGAUAUUAUUCUCGUGAACCGUUAUUAUGCAUGGUAUUCAGAUGUGGGCCACACUGAACUGAUUCAGCUACAACUGGAGAACGAUUUACGUCACUGGUACCAAACAUUUAGCAUGCCAGUUAUUGUCUCCGAGUAUGGUGCAGACACGAUAGCCGGAUUCCAUCAGGAACCAAGUUUCGUUUUCACGGAAGAAUACCAGCGAGAAUUUCUACACGAAUAUCAUAAAGCAUUCGAUAAACUACGAGCUGAAUUCUUGGUCGGGGAAAUGCCUUGGAACUUUGCAGACUUUAUGACAGUGCAAGGAAUAACGCGUGUGGUGGGCAACAAGAAAGGACUACUGACGCGGCAACGGCAACCAAAAAUGUCUGGACAUUUGAUACGUGAUAGGUAUACGAGAAUGAUCAACGGAGACACAUGUUCGCUUAAAUAAUUUGCAUAUGGAGAGAGAUACCACAGUACAACUUCACUGCUAAAGAUUUGAAGACAAAAGUUAUAGUUUUCAUCAAUAAAAAUAUACAUAACAGAUUUAAAACAUGUUUAAUAUCUAAAAGCACAAUGCUAUGCGGUUCAUUUAUUCCAUUCAGACGGGGCAGUCACCGUAGCUAGCAACGCCAAUGUCCCUGUGGGUACACUUUGCCUUUUCGUACUCACAACUGCAAAAAAAAUCAAAUUUGUUAGUUAUGUCUUCUCAAAAGUUUCCCAUGUCUUUUUGUCCAUGAGGAAUCAUAUCAUUAAGAGCUCAUAAUACUAGUAUAAAAUGGAUAUAGUAAUACAGUUUAUUGCGAAAAUUACAAGAUAAAGUAUAUAAGUAACAAAAUAGCUUAACUCCCGAAAGAUAGACCACUCAGCGAACAGUUCAGCUUGAAAUUACAUGUGAAUAAAGUCUGCUAUUAUUCUU